AUGCCUGUCGAGGUCGUCCCCCUUACAGAAGCAGACAUCCCCGACGCGAUCGAAGUCAUCCAACAAGCAUUCGCAGAAGACCCAUAUUUCCAAUGGGUUUUCGAUCCUUCCAAGCCCUCGUAUCCCAACACAAGGCAAGAAAUCCCGCCGCAGACAAAAAGGCUAACGGACAGCGGCCCAUCACCGCGGUCGAGGUGGCACACCGACCGACGUGAUGGACAAGCCAUGUCCCGAAACUCACAGUUCAACAAGCAAAGAAACUAUGAUUCCCUCGCGGCGCGGUGUCUCUGGGGGAUCAACAACGCCCUGUUUCACGUCGCCAAGGAAACUGAUGCGAAUGGCGUCGACCGCGUGGUCGGCGUGUCCUGCUGGUUACCGCCGCAUGCCGCCUCGGAGCCGGAGAGCUGGUACAGCUGGUGUCAAGGGUGGGUGCUGAGCUGGCGACAGAUGCUGAACAACAUCUGGAACUUAGGCCGGGGCGGGCUCCGGACUAAUCGGUACUGGAUCUGGAAGGAGAGGCAGCAGGAGGCGCAGAGCGCGAUCUGGGAUGAUCCGCGGGGGUACUAUUUCUGCAACAUUGUGGCUGUCAGUCCUAAGGCGCAGGGCGGGGGGAUUGGGAGGAAGUUGUUCGAGGCUGUUACCGAUAUGGCGGAUCGGGAGGGAGUGAAGUGCUAUUUGGAGAGUUCGCGGAACGUGCCGAACGUGCAGAUUUAUGAGAAGAUGGGGUUUAGGAUGAAGAAGGAGAUGGAGUGUCGGGAUGGGGAAGAUGUUUGCAUGCUUUAUUGCAUGGUUCGUGAGCCUAACUUGGAGAAGUGA